AUGUAUCUAGCAGUUGUCCGGAAUGCCCAAAAAGCAGCUAAGGAAGAGAUAAACAAAAAUAAUCCAAACCAAAACAAACGUGGCAACCCCAUGGGCAGGAUAUUUGAUCAGUACAAUGAAGUGGAAAAGGAAAGUGAAGAGGACUCACAGCGGAAAAGCUCACAAAAGGACAUCAAAAUGGGCGACCUCACUCCUCGAGACCUCCAAUUGCCCAAAGAGGAAGAAGUCAGAAUGGAUUUAGACAAACUUUUAUGGACAACAGAUAAACCAGCUGAAGAGCAAGAUGAAGGACCUAUAGAUCAAGAAGACGGUGAGAAAUCAUUCAAAUCAACCAAGACUCCAGUGGCUACUCAAAAGAUGGAUACUCUGACUCCAAAUUAUAUGAAUCCACUGCGAAACAACAGGAAGAAGGACACCUCGCCUGAGGAAGGUUCCCUUGAACCGAGCCAGAAUUUGCAGCCUAAAGCAACUAUUAGAAGAAUGGAGACAAAGACUGCUAACUCAAAGUCAAAAUCAGGAGGUUCAAAAUUCUUCAAAAUUGCUAAAUAAGUUCCUAAAGAAGGACGAAGAUAAAGACGAUGAUGAAAGCCGCAUAGAAGACAUCUUCGACUGGAAAUGCGACUCUUAUUCAGAAGCUGAGGAGCAUAAACAUAAUGAUAAAGCCUUCCUCAUGAUGUCUGAGGAGGACAAACAAGCUCGGGUAGAGGAACUGUGGGGGAAAUGCAUCCGGACUGCCACUAAGGGCGCUCUCAUAAUUGACAGGUUCAACUUUCUCAAAAGUAGAGUAUACACAUUUGGAGGAAGCAAGAAUACCAAAUAUGAGAGAUACAUCAAGAUUAAGGAUAGCCAGAAGGUGCCUUUCUGGUGUAUCAUGCCGACAUCUCCAUUCAAAAUAAUCUGGAACAUCACAAUAAUCUUCUUACUGCUAUGGACUGCUAUUGUAGUACCCUACCAAACUGCAUUUAUUGAUGAAACCCCACUUGGAAUGUUUAUCUUCAGUUUAUUCUUAGAUUUCCUGUUCAUCCUAGACCUGGGGAUCAACUUCAUAAGUGCUGUCGAGCUCCCUGAUGACCAAGUAGAUGUCAGGUUCAAGGCCAUAGCCAUGGCCUACAUCAAGGGCUGGUUCUUCAUAGAUGCAACUGCUUGAAUUCCCUUCCAACUCGUUGAAUUAUUCAUCUCAAGUAACAGUGAAGGAGGCUAUAAUAAGCUCUUAAGACUUGCUAGACUUCCCAGGCUUUAUAGACUCAUGAGAAUUUUGAGGAUCUUUAAGAUGUCAAAAAUCUUCAAGAACAACAAAACUUUCAUGGCUAUCAUUAAAAUAAUCAAAAUGAAUGAAGGAGUCAUGAAGCUCAUCAAAGUUGCAAUGGCAACGCUCUUGUUGGUCCACCUGAUGACUUGAUUCUGGUUCUUGUUUGCCAAAUUCUCAGAUUUUGAUCCAGACACUUGGGUUUUCAGAGUUGAUAUUCGAGACUCACAUCAUUGGCAACAAUACUUAAUAUCUUGCUAUUGGGCCUUCCAGACAUUGACAACAGUAGGGUUUGGAGACGUAGGUUCCAAAACAAACAUCGAGAUAAUGGUCUGAUGCAUCUGGAUGAUCUUUGGAGUUGGGUUCUAUUCAUUCAUCAUUGGCAACCUCUCCUCAAUUAUGAACGAAAUCGAUGAGAAAGCUGCCAAGCUACAGGACAAAAUCAAUGCGCUUGAUGACUUUGCACGAAGAACAAAACUUCCUUCAGUCACAGUCGCAAAAAUAAAGAGGUUCUUUGUCAACAACCAAGAGGCAGACUUAGAUGUAAUUGAUCCGAGUCUUCUUGAAGGGUUCCCUAUCUCCAUCAGAGCUGAUAUAAUGUACCAUACUCAUAUGGAGAUUAUUGAGAAAAUCGGAUUUCUCAAAGCUACCAAGAAAAACCUUCUUUGGAGCAUCUUGCCCUGCAUGAAACCCAUGAGAUUUUACGAAAAAGAUUAUAUCUACAGACAACAAGAGCAGUCAAUGGAGGUGGUAUUCCUCUAUGAGGGAGAAGUCACCAUGUAUAUGGAUAUCAACGACCAGAUCAAUGGAGAGAGCAAGCUGAUUGCCUUCAAUAAGUACAAAGCAGGGUCUUAUUUCGGGGACUCUGACAUAUUCUGCUCACAGCUCAGAGAUUCUAAUGCCAUGUGCCUCCAAGAUGUCAACGCCUUAGUACUAUCCAAGAAAGACCUUGAGACAGUUAUCGGGAAGGACAAAUAAAACUGGAGACAAGAUGGCCUUGCUAGCUUACAAAAGAGCCAACGUGCAUGCCUCGAGAAUGAUAGACGCCCUAGUAAAGGAAGAUAGAGUCUACGAAUUUGUACACAGAGUUUACCCAGAGAUGAACAUAAAGCGAAACACAGCUUGCGAUUUCCUCCGAGAAUACAUUCAGAAUUAUAUCAAGAAUAAGCAUGACAAGCUCACGCCUAACGAGAAGCAAAUUCUUGCAGCUUUUAAUAAAGAGAAUAAGAUGAUUUCCACAAAGAAAGUAGUUGAGGAAGACUCAGCUACUAAUAUCCCAACAAUUGAGGAGUACAAGGAGAUGGAAAAGCUUAAAUAUAACAGAGAGAUGGCCAAAUACCAACCUGGGCUCGCUAAGAUUAGGAAGACUGCUAAAAGUAUCCAAUCGGCCACUCUUAAGAUCAAGGCAAAUAACACCCCAAGCGCCUCACACUCAAAACUACACGAGAUCACCCAAACAUCCUCUCUGAUCGCCCAAAAAAAUGAGAGCAUCGAAGAGACGCUCUACAGGCUCCUGGUCAGGCUUGACCAAGCCAAGUCAUCACUUGCCUAAACCUUCAAUUUCACUCA